AAUUUCCUGCGAGCUCGGCAUCGAUGCCCCGUGCGCGCCGCGAAGAACGUCAUGUCCGCCGGCUCUACGGAAUUUUGCAAAUUCAACGCUGUGCAAGUAUGACAUCCAAUUUAUACUAGUGAUGAUUUACGAGUGGGACGCGCGCAUUAUGUAGUGGCGCACGACGCAAGACGUUGUGCGCUUCAUCCUGCGACAUAUUUUACGAAAUCAACGCGAGCGCGUUCCGCUUUUGGCAAUUGCCGUCAGAGCAUUCCUUUGCGCGCACCUAUUCACGAGAGAAGUAUGCAUCAACGCCAUUAAGAGCGGCCGAGGAAGAAAAGCUGAGUCAAAGUGUCUCGCACGGCGCAGCGAAGGCGGGCCUCACCCGCCCGUCGAAAUCUUGGACUUUCUCCCGCAGUCCGGCCUAUGUAGCUGCAUGCGCUCACUGUACUCGCUGCUCUCGACUUGCGACGUCCGCGCGGGGGCCGGUGCUUUCGCUUACUUACACUCACAUUCGGAUAUUGAUAAAUAAACCGAAGCGAAAAAAGCGCCUCCGAAGAGGGAGUUGCCGAGUGCAGGAUCUCGGGCCGGGGCCCGGGCCCACGCAGCGCGCAGGCAGCCGCGGAACCCGUCCACCCACUUUCGGCCUCGGCUCGGGCCUGCGCUCGCUCGUGCCUGGGCUGCCCCACCUCGAGCGCGGCGCGCGACUCUUGCCAUUUAGAACGAGGCGGCGCGACGCAUAGGCAAAUAAGCACAUUCUCAGUCCGCGUCUUUCCUUCCUCCUCGUCGCGUCUCGGCGGACAGCCCUUGCCCGGACGGCCAGUGGCGCGAAAAGUUCGGGCCUGCAACGGACUCAGCAUGGCCAUCACCUGUACCGGGCCGCCGCCUCUGCCUCCGGGCAAGCGUUUCCUGCAGCGGGCCCCCGCGCGCAGACAGCUCGCCGUCGGCCCGAGCUACCGGAGCUUCCGGGACCCGAGCCUCGAAGCUUGGAUGCCGGCGGCGAGUCAGCGCGAGGCCCACGAGGUCGACGACAUCGACGGCUUCGAUCUCAGCGGCAUCAAGCUCUGCUGUGACGACCGUUUCUCCAGCAGCAGUCCCUCGCGGGCUUCCUCGUUUCACCGCGGAGGCGGCAAGCGCGCCAGCAUCCGCACGGCCAACCUCUUCCGCAGCAGAUCGGAGGGCCAGUUGGCGGCCGCGAAGAAGCAGCCAGGCUUGGGUGACCUCGUCGCCACGCCUCUCGAUCGCUGCAUCCGAGCAAUUUACGGCAGCUGGCGCAACCUCCUGCAGCUCGGAGGUAUGAGUCGGCCGUCGAAAGCAGUGACCCAGGCUAAGAAGGUAGCGCCGCCCGCGGUGCCCAAUGACUUUCGCCACUCGGGCUCGUCCUUCGGCUCUGCCGGCUACGCGAGCAGCGAGGACGGCAGCUGCUUCCUGCCCGGUGGACUGCAGCCGCACGGUUCUGGCGGCGGCGUCGUCAACAGCAUGAAUCUGACCGGCGGCGGCCACGGACUCGGCGCUCCCGGCAGCUGUGGCCCGAACGGCGGCGGCGGCGGCGGCGGCGGCGGCGACGACGGCCCUUACGGCAUGCCUGCCGGCAAGAGCCCAGGGCCCAUCUUCAGCCAUCCCGGCUUUUCCUUCCCGGCCAUGGUCGGCAAGUAUGCCCAGCACGCCGAGGAUCAAGGAAUCGACAUGACGCAAAGCCCGGGCAGGGACAGUCCGGGUAGCUCGGGCUCGGGCUCGGGCUCUCGGCACUCGACGGCCUCGCUCGACUCGGGCCGCGCGUCGGGCUACCACCUGGGGCCGCGUAGCGCCGGCGCCCUGACCUCCUCGCCGCGCUGCUCCAUCAGCUCGCUCGGCAGCCAUCCGGACCGGCCGACCGACCUCGACCUCGUCCACGCCUGGCUCGCCGAGCUGCAGUUCGACGAGUACUUUCCGCUCUUCGCGUCGGCCGGCUACGACCUCGCCACCAUCACUCGCAUGACGCCGGAGGACCUCACGGCCAUCGGCAUCAAGAAGCCGAACCACAGAAAACGACUCAAGGCAGAGAUCGACAACCUGAACGUGGGCGACGGUCUGCCGGAGCACGUGCCGGGCUCUCUCGAGGAGUGGCUCAGGCUGCUCAGGCUCGAGGAGUACCUCGGAGCUCUGCACCAGCAGGGCAUGCGCUCGGUCGAGGACGUCACGACGCUCACCUGGGAAGACCUCGAGGACAUCGGAAUCGUGAGGCUGGGCCAUCAGAAGAAGCUGCUGCUCGCCAUCAAGCGGGUCAAGGACAUCAGGGCCGGCAAGCGCAUACAGCCGCUCGAUCUCGCGAGACUGCCGCCGCACCCUGGCCACACCCAGGAGGUGGUCAUCCAGCGAGGAGGCCCCGACCUGCCUUCGCCGGACGAGGACUGCUCCUCGCCGAUCCUCAGGUCGUUCCAGCGGCCGAGCGACUCGCACAACACGAGCAGCCUGAGCAGCAACGGCAACGGCAACAGCAACGGCAACGGCACAGGCAACGGCACAGGCAUCGGCACAGGCAACGGCAGCUCCGCCAGCAGCUGCGCCAGCAACAACAGCACGAGCUGGCGCAGCAUGUACGCAGCGCUGCCCCAGAGCUGCCUCGAGUAUGGCACCCUGAGCCGCGCGCCGAGCCUCAUCGUCGGCGGCUCCUCGGUCGGACACUCGCGCGGAAAGUCCCUCGAGAGCCUGGAGGACGUGCCGCUGGGAUACCCGCCCUCGCCCGCUCCCCAGUCCCAUCAUCCGCAGAUUCUCGACUGGCGGCCGCGCAGCUACGACGACGGCGACCUCACGCCCACCAACGAUCACGCGAUCCUCAUUGAGAACAUCGGCGGCGGCACGCUGCCCAGGCCCCGACACUGCCUCGUUCGACCGAGACCCGUCGCCAAGAUUCAGGCCACGCAUCAGGGCUCGUACAAGUCGCUGCCGCGCGACUUCGACAACAAGUACCAGCUUACCUACGGCCACGACAGCAGUCCGAAUCUGAUGAAGCGCAGACCACCUUCGCCUCCGCGGCGGCAAAGCUCGCGUGACCUGAGCUCCGGAUCGCCCAUCACGGGAGGCAACAGCGGCAACAACGGCGCCGAUGUCGUCAUCGACUGUAGUGGCCCUGUGCCCACGAGCACCUGCGACGAUCAUCACCAGCAGCGGCUCUUGCAUCACCAGCACCAGCAGCACGGUCAGUUUCAUCACCUGCAGCACCUGACAACACGCUCCUCGUCACCGGCAACGCAGUGUCAGGCCUCGCAAACUCCAGUCGGCAGCUCGACGCCCGCGCAGCUCAGCCGACCGCCCUCGUCGAUGUCGCGCAGCUGGGGAAGCGUCAGCGCUAACGUCGCCGAGGAGCACGAGCUCAUGGCCACUCUUGCCUCGCAGCAUCGGAAUGGUUCCGACGCUAGUUUCAAAUCAAGCUCAAGCACUGAAUCGGAUUCACUGCCAUUUGCCAAUGAGAAUGCUGGCACGAUAAAGCAGCGCGCGGCGCGCGCUGCCCAGGAGUACGCCAACAGUCCCAGCCACAUUAUUUCGCAACAGCAUCAUCACUCGUCGUCGGUGUCGACGGUGAGUGUCAGCAGCGAGCCCGCCGACGUACUCAGCGACAUCGGCAAUAUGCUGACAAAUCUGACGAACGAGCUCGACGCUAUGCUGGAAGAGGAGAAGCGGCAGGGCCUCAAUCCAUAAUUCCUGAUGCCCCUGCUAUUGCUAGUUCUGCCGCUGCUACCGCCGCUACCAUUGUUAUUGUUGUUGCCAUAUAAGGGACACAGGACCGAGAUAAUACCGGUAAAUUCGAUGCGUUGCAUGCGAAACGAGUCGAUGCUACGAUGCAGCACUUACAGAUGCUUUCUUAACCAAUGACUGACUGAUUUAUGCGGACCACAGCUGGUUGCACGUGAAUGAUCGUAUUAGAUGAAAAAGGUUGCAUACGGAGGAGUGGAUUGUAGAAAGGGAUGUACGUUUGAUGCUUAUUUGACGUUUUCUUUGCCUCGUCUUACAAUGCUCUGAAGGAGAGCAGUCUGUGCCAUAUUGUUCAAAUGGAAAGACUAUAAAUGAGAUUUUUGAACAUAACAAUCACAUGCAAUGAAAUAAAAGUAUUCAAAAGUCCACUCUUUCUAAAAUCACCAAAGAAUCAGAAACAGCAUAGAAAAAUCGGAGAAGGCGCAAAACGUGUACCCCGUAAUUGACUUCCACAUGCUGUGCUUUUCGACUGACUUUUUCAGAGAAAAAAGUUUCUACUAGUUACACAAUGGAAAAAUACUUUCAACAUCUUCCGAUCCUUUUUUGAUUAUUCUAUUAUUUACACACAGCUAGUCGUCAGUACAUCUAGAGCCAUCGAUUACAUAAAAACCUUUUUGCACAAUCAAAAAUCGGAUUGUCACGGUGCUUUUUUUGGAUACAGUUUACAGAAAAUAUAGUAUAUAUACGCCUACGAUGCUCCUAUGCGAUUAUUCCGACCAUUUUCUUUUUCUACUGAAAAUGUUUUAAACCAAGGUAUUACUGCAAACGCACCUUCAUACAAUACUAAAAACAAUACAUUCCAAAAUGUAUUUGAUUUGUUCACUUCCGUCCUUUCGAGGCUAGCCUUCACAGCUUCGUUAGAACGUGUUGCUCAUGUAUCGAGGUUCGAUUUUCCUAUCCACGAAAGUUACGUAAAGAGCUUCGCCGAUGUAGAAUAAUGCCGUACAAUAGAACAACUUGUCGCGAAUACUGCCUUGUACAUUUGCACAUCAAAUUUUCUAAGAGAGGCUGCUCAACAAAAGCUAGCUUAAGCUCCCUCUCUAUACUCGAUAUAUAUUACAAGUACAAUUUAUACAAAUCAAUUUUUUUAUUCACUGUAUGCAUUUAUUUGUAAUGUAUCAUGUGUGGAGAAGGACCUUAAGGAUAAUGAAAGACAGAAGGCCGAAUACUAAUAACAGAAACAAUUAUAUUUAGUGCAGUAAACAAACGUAUUCUUAGCUGUAUGAAAAAAGCAAAAGGCAGGAGUGCAGUUUUUAAUACUAAUUAUUGAAAAUAUCAUUAUUCAUUUUUAAGUAGCUAUGUAUUUCAAGUAUAUCAUUUUGAUAAAUUUAUUAUCUUUCACUUUUUCCGUGGAAGAUACAUUUUUCACGCAUUCAAUGUCGGGCUAUCACUGACAAUUUGCGUCAGGAUCUGAUGAGCUACGUUAUACGAGAAUAAGAAAUAAAAAAAGUCGAUGAAGCCACUUCUCGACGUCCUGUGUGCCUCGAUGUAAUUGUGAAAACGAGAAGCGUUUCAGAAAACAAGAAUCACUGCGUGCGUCUGCGAGAGGCAAUUUAAAAUUUAAGAACGCGCUAGAGAAAGGGAGAGAGAGAUAAUACACUACUUAAGAUUAACUUGAAGACGUAGGUUAAAUCGAUUAAAUGGAGAAUGGAUUCGUGCCCGACGCGUAUUAGGGCUGCAAACUUGUCUUGUUAACUAUUGUAGGUGUAUAGUUUUAUAUAUAUAUAUAUAUAUAUAUAUAUAUAUAUAUAUAGUAUAAUAUAUAAAAGAUACCAUGGCGUGAACAGUGAUUUUGGGAUAUGUCGGUUUUCUAAACUUUUUGAGAAUCUUAUAAAAGGACGAGUUAUAAACUAAAAACUGCAUCAAGCAAACAUAGAAGCGUAAACCGUAUGAUCAAAACGAUUUUUGUCACACGCAUACACACACACACACACACAUAUAUAUAUAUAUAUAUAUAUAUAUUUUAAUGAGCACGAUAGAAGACUGAGUCUUUCGUUUCGGUACUUUUGUAAUGUACAGCAUUUAUUACAAGACGUGUUUGCUAAAGCGAAGCAAACACAAAGAAAACUGAAUCAUAUGCGAGCUAUGCUAUAAAUGAUUACGUAUGUUCAAAAAAUAUUCGAUUAGUAAUUUUCAAAGAUUGUGGCGCAUUCGUAGUGAACUUAUCAUCGUUUUACUUUACUGUAGAUCGGGACAAGUGCUUCGUACUGAUAUAUAUAAAUGACCUUUUUCACGAUGCUUAGGCUCGAAGUCAUUGUUUUCUACAUGGUAGACAAAAUAUUAUAUAUAUAUAUAUAUAAAUAUAUAUUAUAUUAGUUAUAGUUUUUGUACAAAGGCCCGUGACUGAAACGGCUUCGCUGGCAAAGGGAAGCCGCUUGAGCGCUCGUUUAAAAAGCCGCAUUGUACGCCAAAUCCCCUAAUAUUUUACUUCCAUGUUGAUUUUACAAUACAUAUAUCUGAGUUUGUCUUUUGGUUUCAUCGGUUCACCGAGCGAACGCCGUUUCAGCGAUUAAUGCUACGAAAUACACAGAUUGAGUGAAAAAUCAAAUAAAUCGAUUUGACGCGAAUGGUAUUUGUUCUUUCAUCAAUAUCAUUAAGCGCAUUAGAGAAAAGUAUUUUUACGCGUAUUUUACUCCUCUCCGCCCGCCCCCCCCCUCUACACACACACACACAUUUUCUCAGAAAGUUAUAUUGUCUAGCUUGGUUUAACAUGAGUUUACGAAGAGGAAAACACUGUGACCUUAGUUUGCUUGAUUUUUAACAGUCGUUACUUUGAUGGCAUUAUUUUAUAACUAUGUUUAUUCCUCUUUGAAUUAAUGUAAAUAAAUGAAAUUUCCAUUAACAUUUAAUCGAGGUACUUUUAAGAAUCCUUUAAUUUUGUGUAGCGAGAGCAAAACAAUAUAUGAGAAUAUAGACGGAGCGAUUACACGCUAAAGCGGUUAAAGGCGUGAAUCGCAUUUUUGAAGGCUAAACAAGAAAAAUUCAAUAUUCCGAAGCAUGGUAAAUGCUCGACUUGCCCACUUGCAAGACUGAUAAACAAAUCACGAUUGUAUAAUAUAAUAAGGCACUGCCAGUGUAACGCCGACCUUUUGGAUCGUGCAUUUCGACGACGCUACGGUAUUGCACUAAUAGUGCAGUUAUGAAAAUCGUGUUGUAAAGCAAUCAACGCGCACUUAUAAAAAGUCUAAUUACAUCCUUCUGCAUUAAUUUAAAAAAAAUACACCAUGGACGGAGUGUAUAAAAUUGUUAAUAGUUUAAAAUGAUUUUACUUCUAUAAUUUAAAGAGAGAAUGCAUCGUUUGUAACAGAUAUGUUAUUUAUUAUAUGAGUAUAAUACUAACUUUACAGCAAUAAAAAAAAAUAAUAUCAAAA